GUCCUGAACAACGAAGACACAUCGCCUUUACCGUAUCCGCUGAGCAUUUGCCCAACACUCGCCUCAAGACCUGUGCUCCGCCAGAAUUAGCUUGAAGCUACUCAACAACCUGAAGCUUCCUGGCAACAUACUUCCUCACCAUACUGCUCCGCGCCACCCACCUCGUACAUCCGGACUUCUAACUCAUAAAACUCGGAACACCGCUUCGAUCACCCAUCAUGAGACUUGGAGAUAUAGAUUGCUGGAUAGAGGUCGACGGGAAGUCUCUCGAUGAAUACGGCAUAGAGCUCUCCGGAGACCUGAAGAAAUGCACUGCGUGGAUUCCGUCGAAGGCUGGACAGGAAUUUGCCGUAUCUUGGCGAGACCCUUGUCUCUCACGGGCUACUGUAGGAUACGUCUACGCAGAUGGCAAGUACACUUCUGGCCGUGUCAUGAGACCAAAUCGCGCGAUGGUGUCUGCCUUUGUGGACGGCACCUAUACCUCCCCGACGCAGCUGCGCAAGUACCAAUUUAGCGACAUGACGCUCACGGACGAUGAUUCGUACCUCAACAAGACUUCUCAAGAAGUUGGCGAGAUUACGGUCAAAAUCUGGCUGUGUACCGUCGGCGCGCACGUUCCACUAUCGGUGAAGACACUAGAUGAGCCGUCCAAAAUGCACGAGAAGACGAAGAAAGGCCUUGCGCACAGCGUCGGGUUCUCGACCACGACGCAGCUACCACAGCCUGUCUCGGCCGUCUCGGUGCAGACAAUAGGCGCAUCGCCCAUGGCGACGUUCACGUUCCGCUAUCGCAGCAUUGAUAUGCUGCGCGCGAACGGAAUUGCUCCGAUGCCCGCGCCGGCUGCGGUCCCACUGGCCCGGAAGGCCAAAUCCCCGAAGCCAGUCGCCGGACCUUCGCGCGGCCGUAAGCGCAAGGCCGCGAGUCCCUUGACCCCAGAGCGAGACACUAAACGAGACGUGAAGCCUGUUAUCAUCGACAUGGACGAAGAGGACGAGGCCGAGGAACGCAUCCGCAAGGCGGAGGACGAGCUCCGCCGCGCCAGGCUUGAGAUGCACCGGCGCAGGGGCAAUACGAGGAUCAAGCUCGAGCAGGUGUUGCCCAUUCUGCCUGGCGAGGUCCUCGACUUGACCGAGCUCUCGGACUAGUGUUACUUAUUCUACUUUCAAUUAUUCUAAUACUUCAGCCUUCUGGCCGCGUUUCUCCUAUAUUACUCACCCUAAUCUACCUUCCUGUGCCUUGUAAUAUACGUAUAGCCUGUUGUUGUAUAUGUGCAGUGUCUGUUCACCAGUUCUAGUUAUGCGGUGG